AGGUAGAAGAAGUGCAGGUGAAAUGAAAACAGAGAAAACAAGUUGAUGGAAUAUCUAAUGUGUUUCUAUUUAUUGUAAUGUUGCUUCUGUUACAUUUUAUAUAUAUGUAAUUGAGGGUAAUAAUUCGUUGGAAUGGAGAGGUGUGUAAUUUAACAAAUGUUCUAAAAUUAAUCUAGCACCUGACGACGCUGCAAGAUUGAUUCGGAAGGGGCUCCGAUAUGUGCAGCGACGUGUAUCCACUUGCUCCUCUUCAAUUAUUGCGUUGAUUUGAUUUAAAAGCGGUAAUUAAUUGGAUAAUAGAUAAACCAGUGUACUGGAAAAGACGUGCUUUGUAUAUACAUGUAUGAGUACGCGUCAUUGGUUCCAUGUCAUCAGUUUGACGUCAGGUACUGAUAGUGAGGAUGACAAGAAUUGAGAAAAGGAUGGGGCCGAGAAAACGUGGAUUUUCUUGGUGAUUCAGGAACUUGAUGAAAAAAAUGCCAAUUGCUAAUGGUUUAAUUCGAUGUCAUGCCGUUUAUGAUGAUGCGUAUUAAUUUCAAGAUCAUUCUUCUUAUACUAAUUGUUGCUGUAAUUAGUUCAAUAUUGACAUCCUGGAAUAACUGUGGCAAUCACUUCUUCUUUAGAUCGUCAGAUUGGAAGACACGAUUUCAACAUAAGACUAGUUUACAAGAUCGGUUGGCUAAUGAGCCUGGAUAUCAAGAGAUAGAUUGUUAUAUUAAUGGUGGGUACUCAAUUGGAUGUCGAAAGGAAGGAGAUGAAGUCUAUGUUCCAUUUUCCUUUAUACACAAAUAUUUUGAAAUUUAUGGUAAGCUAGCGAUAUACGAUGGACUGGAGAGAUUUGAAUGGUUACAUAGUUAUUCAAAAAUCGUGAGCCCUAAGGGCAAGUAUGAUUCUCGUGGUGUGUUCAUGACCUUCGAAAAUUACAAUGUGGAAGUGCGCGAAAGAGUAAAAUGCGUUAGUGGUAACGAUGGAGUGCCAAUAUCUACUCAGUGGGAAAGCCAGGGUUAUUAUUACCCAACACAAAUUGCACAGUUUGGCCUUUCACACUACAGUAAGAAUCUCACCGAGCCAGAACCUCAUAGAAAGUUAAUUGAAGAUUCAGACAGAGUAAAACAAGACUGGUCCGUACCGCAAGGUUGUGUAGUGAUAAGGAUCUAUGAUAAACGCGUUGGUAGUUAUGUGUUGAAAUAUGCAACACCUGAGACAAGCACAUCUGGAAUAUCUUUAAAAAUGGAUCAUGUACUGGACUUCGUACUAAAGUUGGAUUUAUGUAUAAGAGACAAUAGUAGCAUUGCUAUUGAAUUACAGUCAAGGGAAAAAAAAGAUACUUACUAUUUACAUUACACUACUGGGAACCUAGUUUUGAGCACCGUUAACAAUCACAUCUACUAUGGAAUAGGCCUGAUGAACAAUCGCUGGAAACGAUUGACAAGGGAUCUCGUAGUGGAUUUACAAAAGGGACUCAACUUGAACGACAAGAACAAGAAAAAACUCUCUAGAUCUAAGCUCAAGGUUGUUAAAAUGGUUCUCUAUGGUUCUGGUAUGAUUGACAAUGUGACACUGUCAACCAGCGAACACAUGGAGCAAUUCUACGAUGCUGCCCGCUGGUUCGUGGCAAAUCAAAAUAUAACUUCGGGUGGUUGGCCCAAUCCUGUUAGACGAAAAGUCGCCAGUGGAAUGGCCACUCUAGAGCCAGGAUGGUAUUCCAGUAUGGGUCAAGGUCACGCAAUUUCUGUAUUAUCAAGAGCCUAUUAUCAUUCAGGCGACGAACGAUAUUUACAAGCAGCAGUAAGAGGCCUCCGACCUUUCAGAGUAUCAUCCAGCAAGGGCGGCGUGACAGCUACGUUCUUAGACAAAUACGUCUGGUACGAGGAGUAUCCUACAACACCCUCGUCUUUUAUCCUAAAUGGAUUCAUCUACUCCCUCUUGGGUCUGUACGACCUCAAAAGUAUAGCUACUGGCAAAGACGGAGACGAGGCUGCUAUACUCUUCGACCAGGGUAUGACCUCGCUGAAGAACAUGAUCAUGCUCUAUGACACAGGCUCAGGAACGACCUAUGACCUAAGACACUUCACACUUAAAACGGCUCCUAAUCUCGCCAGAUGGGAUUACCACUCGACUCAUGUCAAUCAACUUUUACUUCUGAAUACUAUUGACAACGAUCCGAUCUUUACCACCACUGCCGAUCGAUGGAUCGGAUACAUGAAUGGGAAAAAGGCGGCCCACAAUUAGCGCACUUAACUUGAAACUCUCUGCUGUACUUUCGUACUUCUUUUUUUUUUUUCACGCUACGAUAUUAGAACUUGAGAGAUUUAUUUUGUAUACUACAUCAGACAAAGAUGAGGAUGAUCUUUUUUGUUUAGCAUUCGUACGCGAGACUCGUGUGAUACUUGUGAUAAUGUUGGUUCUAGAAUACUCGAACGAUUGAGAAUUUGUUUUAUACAACAUCCGUUAAUCAAAUUGUUCAGCUUAUUAGAGAAUAUAGAAUCAACAUUAUUCGUAAUUUAUUAGUACUCUCGGUACAGCGCUGUACUGUACUUACUAUCAAUACAUAGAUGAGACAGGGUAGUGGUCAAUAUAAACUAAUAUUAUAGGUGAGAAAUGAAUAGUUACUAAUGCAUCAGUUAACGUAUCUUAAUGAUGGCGCUUGUACGUGAAUCCUUACGCUUGCUUCGCGUGGCACAACUUUUGCACUGCUGGCAACUUAUUGUGAGUACUUUGUAAAAGUGAGAAAAAUUGUUAUUUAUUAAGGAAACACUGAUUGUAAAUGAUGAUAAUUAUAUGAGUGAAUCCUUAGGUAGAGCCGUCUACUCGCGUGAAUUAAAAUAAUACAUUCCAUAUACGAUACGAGAUAAUAGGAUGCUCGUCGUCGCGACCACUAAGAUUAGAAGCCCUGUAGAAGACGAGCUAAUUUUUAUUUUAAAAUUCGCGUUAAUCGUGAUAAGGAACACAAUGAAAAAGAGAUCUUGUAGAUUAACUUAUGAGCAUGAAGUAGGAUUAUGAAAUAAAUUUACGUUAAUUUAUUAUA